AGCGUAAAGAAGAACUGAGGCUGUGCCGGAGGGGCUGGGGCAGCGCCGUGGAGCCCUGGGCAGGGCAGUGGCUGUUUGGGGCACAGUGAGCACAUGGCAGUGGUGCCCAGGAGAGACUUUCCAGCCCCAGUCAAGGGGCAGCGACUGGGAAGAAGCUCAGCUCUACUUCUGUGUAGAUCAACGGUUGUUAUUUCAUUUAUGGCCCAGUGAGGCAGACGGUUCCAGCAAGGUGUGUGUGGGGUCACGGAGACACGGUUUCACCCUGCAGUGCUGUCCCUGUGCAGGCAGAGUCAGGGAAGGCUGGGCUUUCAGGAGCUGCUAUCUCCAUGUGGUGUCUGCAGUGGUAAGGGAAGUAGGACACUCGGCUCUCCCAGCACACUGAACCACGAGCUGCUGCCAGCUCUGCGAGCACUCACCUCUAUUUAUCUGUGACCCUGAAGCACAGGCAUUCAAUGAAACCAUUGCGAAGGACAACUCCCUGGCUGUGGGCUACUUCCAGAGAGGGUUUGUCCACCUGCAGCUGGAAAUGUAUGAAGAAGCUCUCUCUGACUAUCACAUGGCCUUCAGUCACCUCAGACAAAAUCCCUUCAUCGAUUACAAGCAGCUGGGGCUGAGGCACAUCCUCUAUGCCUGGGAGGUGCUGUACAGCACUGCAGCAGUGCAGUGCCACCUGCAGCAGUGGCAAGAGGCCAGAGUCACCCUAGAGAAGGCUGUUGUGUGGAGACCUGAAAGAAGAACAGCAAUCCUGGAGCUGGCCCUUGAGCGGGUGCAGGACCACCUGUUUUUAGAGCCCAUGCUGGUUCCUCUCGGGGAGCUUUUCAGACCACGAAAGAAGGAAGUUGAGCAGCUGGAUUCAAAAGAUUUCCUGGGUAAACCCAAGGUGAUCUCAUCCAUCAUUCCCAACGAUGAGUACAUUGGCUUCGAGCCUCUCAGGCCUCAGAAACAGGGCUUUUAUGAACCCAGUCCCGAUGCUCUGCGGGAUGCCGAGUCCGGCUACCACCGAGUGGUGUCCCGGUACCGCCCCGAGGAGCCGGCGGGGCCGGAGGUGGCGGCCGGGAGCCUGGUGUUUGUGCUGAGCAGAGGGGCAGACGGCUGGGCCACGGCCAUCCACGACGGGCAGAAGCUGCACAUCCCGAGCUCUCUCCUGGAGCCUGCCUCAAGGAUGGAUAAAUGGAAGAUCAGCACUGGGAUUCCGCUUCCUCCUGCCCAGGUGCCUCCCAGCCGCCUCCAUGCGAAGCAGAAGCCAGAUCCUCCUGGGGGAGAAAAUGCCUCUGCUGGUGAUGCCAGUGCCCACAUGGACUCCGAGGUGCCCCCGAGGCGCGGGGAGGCCUCCCCGGGUGCGGACAGGCCGGCGGUGCUGCGGGCGCGCUGCGAGUGCUCGCUGGUGCUGCGGGCGGGCGAGCCCCCGGCCCUGCCGGCGCUGCGGGCCCUGCUGCGGGACCGGCUCGCUCAGCUGGCACAGCGGGGCACGCUCAGCUACAGGCUCCCGGAUGGCACAGAGCUGGGGACAGUGUCAGGACAGGAGGACCUGGGAAAGGUGUGGCAGCAGCUGACGGACGGCAGGCUGACGCUCUGCUGCCAGGACUCGGACUCCCACUCGGGCAGACCUGUUCUCUACCGGAUGCUGGCUCAGCACUCUUACCUGGCACAGGGACCGGGGGACCUGGAGUUCAGCAAGGGAGAUGUGCUGGAUAUCCUCUCUGAAGUGAACGAGGACUGGCUGGAAGGACGCUGCAAUGGCAAGACUGGCAUCUUCCCCAAAUGCUUUGCUACCCAGGCCAGCUGUGGCUUCCUAUAGCAAACAGGAGCCUUUUUCUGCCUGACUGCACCCCCAGGGGUGAGAGACACUGGUCCCAGCUCAUUUGUGCCCCAGCCAGGAGCUCUGCUGUACCUGGACAGUGGAUAUCUCCCACACUGGGGUCAGUUCCAGCAGUGAUGGCAUUUCCUACAGCCUGUUCCCAGACCUGGCAUUUUUACCUUGUGCUUACACUGCCAAAGAUGUGUCUGUGCAGAGCAGAGAGCAGGGAGAGCGAUCUGGGGUUUGGCUGUGGGAACUGUCCAUGUGUCAGCUCCUCUGGGUAGGAAGAUGUUCCUCUGGGUGGGAGGAGGUUCCCCUGGCUGGAAGUCUUCAUCCCCUCUCCCUUGUUGCUUGUGUUUAGGCUGGGAAGGCUGAGCCUCACUCCCAAAGCCAAGGGUGGCUGGCUGGGAGCAGGGGGCAGAGCCCUGUUCCCCAGGCCCUCAGGUCACAUAACCUUAUCUCCACCAGCCAGAGGUGCUGCUCUUUCCAAAGGCUUUUGGAACCACUUUGCAGUGGGAUUCAUGGGAUAACACCAUGAGUUAGGACCACCAUCUUCCAUAGCAAAUACCCUAUGGACCUGACCAUUCUUGGCCAGAUGCCUUGGGCACUUUUCUUAAGCCUUAAAUCCAAGGUGGGAUCUUGGAGCACAGAGAAGAGGCAGUUGUGGAAAGCCACUGUCAGAGCAGCUCUGGGUUGGGGGAGAGGCCUGGAGGCCCUGGGAAAAGGGCUGGCUGGGAAGUGCAGUGCUGGGCUGUGCUGCAAGGCCUGAAAGCCCUGUCCAAUUCCUGCAGCUGGGCUGGGCUGGGCUCUGCUGAUCUAAAUAAAACACUCAAGUGCCUGGAGCUGGAACCUGUUCUGGAUUUGGUGUCUUGACAAAACUUGGCUAUGUAACUUGAAUAUAAAAUAAACCCUGCACCAGAGUUGGCAACUCUUAAA